GACCGAAUAAAGAAAUACAGAAAGAAGGCAUAGACAAUACACCAAUCAACAGGGAUUUUAACAUUCCUUUGUCCUGUGUCUUUUCUGUGAUGAUAAGUGUUGCCGGCGGUGAGUUGAAUAACUCGAGGCAAUAUGUUCUCCUUAGCAUUUUUUCCAGUUACUAGGUCUUUCAUUGAAAAACUGUCUUUGUCAACUUCACUUUCACUUCAUUCCAUCUGCACGGUAUUAGGCAACAAUCAAUUUUUUUUUGAGCUCAUGAGACAUAGAAAUCCCAUCAAUCGAAUGGCAAAUUUGACGAUGACAUUAGCUACCCAAUGGGCCUGGAAUAGGUAAUCCUAAAAGAUAAACGAAAACACGAUGAAGUAAGAUUAGUAACUUGAGAUACUAUAUUCUCCAUGGCAACUGACGUGCCAGGUUGCUUGUUCUUUUAUUGAAAGGCACUGCAGAUUUUCCGUCUUCAAACAAUGCGGGGUUUCUUUACCACAUUCUUGCGAGUGCUUUGCAGGGUCGUCAUCCCUUUUAAUGCCGACAAGGCGACAAGGCGCAUAAUAUGGAGUGUCCUGAUUGGCGCUCUAUUUUAAACUAGUAAUCUUAUUGGUAGUGCCCUGUUAUAAAAACGCCCUAUUACACAGCGUGUUUGUGAAGGGCGCUGAUUUUGUUAGAGGAAGCUGCAACGUUCGUAAAGUCACUGAGAUACGAAGAAUGAAGGGUCUUGUGCUGAGCAUCUUUGUCUUCUGUGCAGUUCUUGCAACUGGUAAGUUUAUUCUGUUUGUUAUUGUGAAGUUCAACCGUGAAAUAAGAGAACAGUAACGCCACCUGUUCCGUCCGAGCAAUCUCUCCUGUCGACAUACCCUUCUUUCGCUUUCAAGCUCCUUACAAGCUAUGAGUUCGUUUAUGUUGGCCACGUCGAAACUGAACUGAAAUAAUUUUGUUCCCUCGAGCCACUGGCCUUCCGUGACGUCCACUCGGGCUCAUCCUUCUUUCCCUUUGCUAAGGCACAAGUUAACUCUUUGAUUGAGCUGUGUGCGUUGUUUGUGUGUAACAUUAAGCUGAAUGCCAACCUCUCCGUCUGCUUGUGAUGUUAAUGUGUGGAGUUUAUUCCAAUUUCGUUUCUCGUGUUAUUGGUUUUGCUUCAACCUUAGUCUAAUCUCUGAUAAUACUGCCAGCUCUUAUUGAGUGACACGGAAUCUUUGUGGAAAUCCUGCUAAGCCCAGGAAAUCCUUUCUCUAUUGUAGCCUAGAUUUGUUCUGUUUGGUCAAAUCACGUUUCAAAGCCUUCGUUAAAAUUUUCCUUGUUCGUGCAGAAUGGGAAACAAAUAAAAGAAACUUUCCAAGUAUGAUUUAUCCCGUGUUAUUUCGUUUGAGAAAGAACAUUUGCCUGUUUUCUCCGGUUUGCUUCCUCUCGUCAUAGGAGGCAUAAAGUUCGUGCAGAACCUUUACCACACCAAAAACGCAUCCAUCAAUACUUCUGAAUCCUCUUCGGUUCGAGCACGAGGAAAUCGCGACAUAAAAACAACUUUGCUCAAAUCGAUUCUCCUUUCAACAAAAAGAAUACUUCGUCGCUUGAAUAUUACAAGUCCUUAGUGUACUUUCACUUUCACAAUAAUGAAGGCUCUGGUAAGGGAACACCUGUACAACUAGUAAUAUCAUGAAUUAAUCGGGGUUAUCUAUGUAGCUGCUAUUGUAUUCCACCACUCUUAAGGAAGAGAUGAGAAAAAUGUGUCUUAUUCCGAUUCUAUUGCAUAAAUUGCGCAAGUGUUUUUAUAAAUACACAAUGGACGCUAACGGACUCAGUCAUGCAUGCACUUAAAAGCACGGAAUACGGCAUAUAUCUGAGCGCGAAUUCAGUUCGGCACAUGUUUAAUUUCCAAUACUGUUGAACUUAAUUCCUUGGCAGACUAAAAUGAAUUUGAUAAGCUUCGAUAUAUGGAGUGUGAAAAAACUUCGAAAUAUGUAUGGAAAAAAUUGGCGAGCGUGACAUAGCAUGACAUAACGUGACCAGAAAGCAUUACUAUUAUUAAUAUUAAGUGAAAGACAAUCUUCUUUGAACAUUAGACUUGAUUGCGAAACAGUGUAAUAAGAUCGGCUUUUAAGGGGUGUGUGUUUUGAGAGAGAGCGAGAUAGCCGGAACCGAAGAUAUCUGUAAUCGGGGAUAACAACAGUAAACCAGUUUGAGAUUUAAACCUGUGACUUAUUUGUCGGAUACCCGUUCCCGACAACAUUGAAAUUUUAGUUUCUUAAUUUCCUUUAUUUCAGCUUACAGCCUCAAGUGCUACUCUUGUGUGGGAAACGAAGAAAAAUGUAGCAAGAGUAAACUGGAAGCAAAUAAAGCCAGCAUGUCGGAAGACUGCCCAGGCGGUGAAUGCAUAAGGCUCUGGGGCAAAAAAGACGACGUAACCAUAGUGACAAACUCUUGUGGCGAUAGCAGCACCUGUGAAAAACUGAAAAAGAAUUGUGACCAGGUCAAAGACGGGAAAUGCGCAGUCGGCUGCUGUGACUCCGACUACUGUAACGUGGGGUCUUCAUAUUCUGCCAGUGUAAUCCUGAUGACCGUUACCUCUGCCUUGGGUCUGGCACUACUGAAUUAGGCUGGCAAAGAAGAAGGAACCUUGGUCCGUUGAUAUACGUAGAUUUUUUUCGUAUUGAGGUUUUCCAUGUGUAUGAAACCCUUAAAGGUUUCAAAAAAAAAAAGUUAGAGAAGGAAAUUUGUAGUUGGCUUUUUUAUGUUUUAUUGUGUGAUCUCAACUUAUCAAGUUCUUCGCUACUUUAUGGUGAAAAAUGCUUGAGUUACCACACUGAUGUAGUUUCAACGGUCUUUUUGAUAUUAAAUGGAUUCAAUUAUGUCUGCUGGAAAGUUGUUUAUUUGAGUGAAACACCUUUACGAUGGUACCCAGCUGCUACUGUCGCCGCGCAUUCAAUACUAUUAAUUCUAAACACGUGACGGGAGAUCUUUUACGCCACAAUCAGAUAAGAAAAAGCUAAUUGCAGAUUAACAAUCUUCGAGAAAACAGUCAAGUUUUAUUUAUUUUCUUUACGUCUCACAAUAAACAAACAUAGGCUUACUAUGCAUGCAAAAGUUAUUAUUUUGGGGUGGGUGGAUUACUUGAAACAUUGUAAAUGUAUCUACAUUUUUACAAAAGUAAAGAAGAGUAUUAACGCGGAAAAGAACGAAAAUGUCGAAUUAACUCACACACAGGUAUUUUGUGGUAGAUUGAGUCUUUUGUGCGAAUAACUGUAACCAAAAAUAAACUGUAUUGGUG